GGCGGUAUUACGAGUAUUGUUGAGUCUCAGUUGCGUGCAGGUAAAUAGGGAUACGAUAUCAUCUUGUUCUUUCCAGAUCUUCGGCUACAUCCCCCUUCGAGGGGCAAUCGACGAUACUCAUAGUACUGACAGUGGAUUUUGAAACGUAUUCCCUUUUUUAAAUUUAAAAAUAUUUAUGGUGUGCAUUAUAAGUACAUAUGUAUAUCCGUCGAGUAUGUUCGAUUGAAUUUUGGUAACCUUCGGUGAGCUUUGUGAAUUUCGGUCAGUUUCUGAAAAUUACGGAUGUUUUCGUUAUACCACUGUCUGUUGAUUGGUGCUUCUUUCGCUCGUUAGAAUUAUCCUAUGGAACCAUCAGAACUAAUUGGAACCAAUUGGAACCAUCCAAUAAUAUAUGCAAAUAAGAUAUCGUAUAUUAUUGUUUGAACGGUUGGACCGUUCUGUAUUCUUCUGCCUUACACGUGUUUUGUAGCGGUGUUUCGAAGUAUGAAGUGCCAAAUUAACAAUUCGGGGUACAGGAGGGAACAAACCGUCAAGCUUAUGUCAAAAAAUCGUUGUAAGAAAAAUAAGAAACGUCCUAAAAAACUACUGUGCACCAAAAGAGGAGAAUAUAAUGAAUUCGAUGAGUUGCCUGGCGAAACGAAUGUUGAAACACAAUUUUUAAUUCAGCCAGAACAGAAUGAUCAUUACAAAUUUCGUAAUUCAAAACGUAAUGACAUGCGUUCGGAAAGAUCUUGGAAGACUAGAAACGCUCGAAUAGAACGUCAAACUAAUAGGGCUGUGAGUAGUUCAAAGCUUCGAACAACCAGUUAUGCGCCAUCAAGAAGAAUAACUAAUCUUGGAAUUCCAAUAAUUGUUGAAGCACAGUCAACACAUUGUGUGUCAUUAUCAGAACAGAAUAUAUCAUUAACAACAGAGGAUUCAAGGACCAAAAAAGGGGAUGAUAAUAUUUCAUGCAACUUAGUGAAGUCUAAUAAAAAUUUAUCGGUAUCCAUAGAGGAACAAGGUAAUGUAAUAUGGACUAAUAAUUGCAGAAAUGAGUUACAAACUCAUUGUAAUAUUUGGCAAGAUAAUCAAAACGACACGAGUUACAAUAAUUACAAUGAGGUUAAUCAUAAAGGGAAUAAGAAGCUGGAAAAAGUCAUUGCUCAGUUAAAAGAAGGGCCUUCGUUAGAGCAUAGUAUUUUGAGUAAAAAGGUUCGCUUUUAUAUUGCUAAAGAAAAAGUACUUGUCGCUAUAGAACGUGGAUGUAUGCUUAAGUUUAUUGGAAAACUCAAGAUUCAGACUAUUCAUGGAGCAAUAGAUAUAUGUGGCUUAACUCUUUGCAAAACAUCAAUACCAAUUGAGGUGUAUUCACCAAGGGGACAUAAUUUUGUUGGUAUAGAAGUUGUUUACCAACAGUCAGAAAGCACUGUGGCUAGUAUUUGCAAAUUACUUAAGACAGAAGGCAUCGAUCAUACUGUCAUAAGCUCAUUAGAAAGGGAUAUCAAUGAAAAUCAAUGGGAAGGAUCGUUAGUUUUGAUGGAAAACUUGGAAAAUAAACUUACAAGGUUCUUAAGUUCAUCGUGUCCAUUCAAACUAUUUCCAACUGUAGAAGAUCCUCAAAAAAAUUAUUCGUUGAGUAAUCAAAAAAAAGCAGAGGUAGUACUGCAGGCUUCUUUCCACUUGCAUGAAGAAAAUGGAUUAAGAUGGGAGAACGACAUAGCCAUUAAAUUGACAAAUCGCUUACAAUCUGGAUACAGAACUUGCGGCUUGGUAGUUGGUGGGAAAGGCGUCGGAAAGUCAACAACGGUACGCUAUCUAGUGAACAAGUUGCUUCCGGAAAGAAGGGCGGUUGUUUUAUUGGAUUUGGAUCCUGGCCAGGCUGAAUGUACACCUGCAGGAUGCAUCUCUUUGAACGUGCUAGAGGAGGCUUUGAUUGGGCCGAAUUUCAGUCAUUUGCGUACACCAUUCUAUCAGCUGUAUGUCGGUGAGGUGAACGUUGUUCGUUGUGUUUCGCGUUAUCUCGAAGCUGUGGAAAAGCUCCUUUAUCAAUUGAACAAGUGUCCGGAGCUUUCUCGUCUUCCAAUUCUCGUGAACACAAUGGGAUUUUGUAAGGGAUUGGGCUGGGACAUAAUUGUUCGCAUCAUCAGAUUAGUUCGACCGAGUGACGUCGUGCAAAUCAUUUCAACAAGAUCGAAAAGGAAUUUCGACUCUCUACUGUACGCCGAUGUUAUCGGGCGCAAGAAUCAUUCGUGGAUCGAUGGAAAACUUGAAGAUGAAGAGCCUCACCAGGAGCCCCUUCGAUACGAACUGCAUAUGGUGGAGUCUCGAGCAGAGUUGCGAGAAGGAAGCGUCAUUGGGGAGUCGUGGGAAAUGGAACCGCAUCAACAGCGAGAUGUCGCGAUGCUGGCAUAUUUGGCGCAAAUUUUGCAGACGCCACAGGAAAAGUCUCUCAAAUUUUAUGAGAAGCAUUCAUUGAAAAGCAUUUCGAUCAACGGCACGCCACCAUACACGGUACCCUUUUCCUCAGUGAGCAUUUCGUUGACGCGGCUUGUCGUGCCACCGUCGCAUAUUUUAGCCGCAAUGAAUGGUAAUAUCGUCGCUUUGUGCGGCGUUGACGUAGACAAGGAACUUCCAGGCCGGAGUGAUUCGGGUUACCCCAAUGCGUUAAUAAGAGCGCCUCUAGCAACCUGUUAUGGAUUUGGUAUAGUACGUGGAAUUGACAUGGGCCGAGAAGAGAUUUACCUGAACUCUCCUCUUUCUGCACAUCUCCUGCAAUUUGUCAAUUGCCUUGUGGGCUCUAGCACAAUUCCCAUGGCGAUGAUUCCAUUCGAGCACUGUAUCAGGACACCGUACAUCGCGGGAGGACGAGACGAGUUGCCAACGAGUCGUGAGCCACGCAGAGGAUUAUUUCGUAUAAGUCAGAAGAGUAGAUCCUCCUUAAGAUUUGCCGAAAACACGAAGAAAGAUAGGUGAUAGGUGAGAUGUAGAGAGAAUCGUGUGUGAUGUGAAAAAUGUUUAGGAUUGAGGAGAACUUCUGGAUCACGAGUAAAGAAUCCGGAUUCGCAAGGAAAAAAA